AGAGAGAGAGAGAGAGAGAGAGAGAGAGAGAGAGAUAACUCUUUAGAGAGAUCUAGAGAGAGAGAGAGAGAAAUGGCUUUUGGGAGAAGGGAUUUGAUGGUGGUGCUGUGCUCGGUGCUUGUGAUUUUGGCUCCCACGCGAACCCACGGGCUCUGUUGGCCCGAGUGCAUGCGCGAGUGCGACGAUUUUAAGAUCGUUUGUGGGACCGCGUGCGUUAUCGCAUGCAUGGGAAAAUCACCCUUCUACAACCACUAUCAUGAGCCGGAACUAAUCACGGUGCCGGGGCCGGCGGCAGCCCCGAGCCCCGCCCACCGUGCGCUGCUCAAGAUGAGGGAGUCGCCGCCGGGCUUCGCCGGCAACGGCAACAGCAACAGCAACAGCAACAACAAGAGCAAGGAGGAGGAGGAGACCACCACCACCUCAUCCUCCUCUCUCUUCUCUCCGUUUCCUUAAACAUAAAUUUGAUCAUUAUUAUGCUUAAUUAAUUAGAUUAUAGCGAUUUUGUCUCUCUCUCUCUCUUUGCUGGUUUAAUUUCUCACUGAAAUGAAAAUUCAGUGUGUUCAGUUUCUCUCCUCAUUUUCUCCAAGGUCAUGAUUUUGUUCCCCCUAAUUACGUUUUGUGGCCUCUUCUUUUGUGUUUUCGCUCUUGCAUAAUAUUGCGGAAAGAGCAUUAAUUGUUUGGUUUACAACCUAAUUAAAAUGGAUUAAUUGUAAAA